AGCUGGUGACUUCGUCAGAGAUUAAUCUAGAAAACAGAAUAGAAAUGUUCCACUUGAAGCAUGGGAAGACAGGCCAAAGUCUGGAGGUAAAUGAGUUCUGGCUAAGGGAUCAUUGCCGUUGCGUGGAAUGCCUCAACACGGAGACCAAACAGCGAAGAUAUGAUCUCCUGGACAUACCAGCGGAUGUUCAUGCAGUAAAAACAAGUUGGGCAACAGAUGAGCAGCUUGUUGUUGAAUGGAGCGAUGGACAUCAUUCAAACUACGACUGGAGUUUUAUAAAUGCCUCGCAGUUGGAUCACUUGGGAAGCAAAGUGCGUGCAAAGUCUACUAAAUUGACAGCCUGGAAUCGUGAAAUUGUGCUGCAACAUGAGAAACAGUUGCGUUUUCCUUUCUCUGGCUUAAUCUCCCAAGAUGAGGAGGUGAAGCGGCUGAUUGCAUCUCUGGUGCAUUAUGGCAUUGUCUUCAUCGAUGGAGUGACUCCAACUCCAACCGCAACCGAGUUGGCUUUGCGUCGUUGCUUUCCGCUGAUGAAGACCUUCUUUGGCGAGCUGUGGACAUUCUCUGAUCAGCUAGAUCAUGCGGAUACGGCGUAUACCAAGCUCUACCUGGGAUCCCACACAGAUAACACUUAUUUCUGUGAUGCAGCCGGUUUGCAGGCGCUGCACUGCAUCGAACACUCCGCAGAUGGUACCGGCGGCGAGAAUUUCUUUGUCGAUGGUCUGCAUGUGGUAAACGAACUGAGGCGCCUCCAUCCUGAGGCUUAUGAGCUGCUCUGCCGUGUACAAGUUCCUGCUGAGUAUGUUGAGCCGGAUGAACAUCAUCGUCAUACGGCGCCAAUUAUACGCAUCGAUCCACUUACCGGUGAGCUGGUUCAGCUGCGUCUCAAUAUCUACGAUCGUGCAACAUUCAACACGUUGCCCCAAUCCGAGAUGGCCAACUUCUAUGCGAGUCUGCGCCAACUGUUGCAACUGGUGCGUGAUAAGCAGCAGCAGUGGCGCCUCAAGCUGAAGCCGGGCAGCAUUGUCAUCUUUGACAACUGGCGUGUGCUGCAUGGGCGCCAUGCCUACACGGGGCGACGCACAAUGAGCGGUGCGUACGUGCAACGCACAGACUUCCACAGCAAGGCACGUACACUUGGGAUCAUCGAGUAGCAGCAUCUACACUCGGAAAAUAAUCUAUCUCAAUUUUAGAAAAUAUCCUUAAAACCCAGAACUUUUUGUGUUUAGAAAUAAUUUCUACAUGCAAGAAAACAUUUUUCGACAAAUUUUUGUUUUAAUGUUUUAAUUUUGAAAAUGCAAAUCGUUAUUUUAGAAAGAAUCUAAUUUCCGUCAAAUCAUACAAACAAUUUCCAAUAAACUAUUUAAAAUGCUUAUAUACGCGAAAUCUUAAAAUAUAAUUACUUAUCUAUAAUAUAAACAAACAAAAAAAGAAUACUAAUUUUAGAGUUUCUUUGUACACAUAUGAAAAACACCUUGGAAAUUAAAAAAUAUUUUUUUUAAAAAAGAAGAAAACAAAAA